AUGGACGGCCUGAAAGGAUUCUUCCUGUCUCGCGACGUCUUGAUGCAUAGCAAGGAAUAUUUGGAACAAGACAUGUCUCCAACAAUACUCGGCGCGACUGGCUUCUUUNGCUUCCUCUCCAUCAUCAUCGUAACACUUCGCCUGUAUGCACGUGCUUUUAUGGUACGACGCUUGGGUUGGGAGGACCUCUUGAUCUUCAUCACUGCUCUUUUCGUCCUCGGUUGCUGGAUCUGCUUUAUCGGCGAGUCCAAAUCUGGAGUCCUUGGUCGGCACAUGGUGACUGUCACGAUACCACAAUACGAGCUAUUCCUGUUAUGGACAUUUCCGCAUCAACUCUUUCUCACACUGGGCAUUGGAACAUUCAAAUGCAGCAUUGGCUUUUUCCUGGUUCGAGUCGGUCGGAGUAUGANNGGGGGUCGAUGGGCCUUGUAUGGACUGAUGGGUUUCACCACCAUCNUCUCCCUUGUAUAUGCCUCAACACUCUUCUGGAGCUGUAUUCCCCUACGAGCAAAUUGGCAUUUCGACGAGCAGAAGAAUGCAAAGAUGAUUUCGAUCAAGGUGUGGAAGGGACUUGCGAUGUGGAACAGCCUUACCAACAUGGUGACGGAUAGUAUUCUUGCUGUCUGGCCAGNNCCCAUCGUACUCAGGAUGAAGGUGUCGACUUUCAAGAAGAUAACGCUCAUCGUCGCACUAAGCCUGGGUUGGUUGGCGGUCGUGUGUGGAGCGAUCAAGACUUGGUCCANNUGGAACUACUUCGAUGCCACCGACAAGUAUUUCAAGGACACGUACUUUNUCUGGAGCUUCAUGGAGAUGAGCGUGGGGACUAUCGCGGCGUCGGUGCCGUUGUUGCAACCGCUCGUGUACAGGAUCCGUCGCUCUUCAUCUUNNCCAAAAGGCGACAGUGGGCAGGUUGUUGCGAUGCCGCUGCCAGUGGCCGUGCCAGCGACAAUGCCUCAAGCACGCAUUCGACGACCGGUCAUCACAUGGACAGGCAUGGGCUUUACUGAGGACGAGGAAGCAAAGUNNGAUAUCCCGGCACGAAGCGGAUCGAGUACGCGAAUAGACAUGGAACGAUCGGAUAGCGGAACGAUAUUUGUAGGAUACGAGGGAUCGAAAGGGUUCGAGUCUCGCGCGAGAGCGACUGUAUAG